GCUGCAGAAGCUAAAACCUUGCAUAUAGAGCCAUCGGACCGUUCGGCGGCAGACCCUUCUGCAGCGUGUGCGAACUGUCGCAAAAAAGGAUAUGAUUGUGUCUAUAGCCCCUUAAAGAGAAAAUUCAAGGCUCGGAAUUAUAGCCCGAGGCGGGUUUCACCCGCUGGCUGCCUCCCACUGGAGGAGACAGACAGGGUAGAAGCACCAACACCACUGUUAACAGCUUCGUCCUCUGGAGGACAUACAGAAGAUGGGGGAAGUAAUCCCGGUGACUCGCAAUUCCAAGGUUCGAGGACAGAUGCAUUAUCUGGCCCUCUUUACAUGGACCAACUACUUCAAACCCGGCAGUCAACGGGACGUACCCAAAAUGCUUCAUUUCUCCUCGGGGCCAACGAGAAUCAUUUGGCCAGCUCAAGUAUGAGUUUCUUCUCCGACAGCCGGUUAAACGCUCUUUCAGCAUGUUUAGGCAACGAUGCACUGAAGUCACUUAUCGCACGGAUAUCACGCAUGGUCAAAUCUCGCGUGGAAAUCCUCCAUCGCAACCUUGGGCCGUCCAGCAUAUGGAAUCAAUCUGGCGAGGUUCCGCGUCUCUCGCCGGAUAGAGCACGCCACCUUAUUGAUAUGUUUUUCGAAAAUAUUCAUCCCUUGCAUCCAUUUCUGGACCGUUACGAAUUCGAGAGCAGGGCAUUCGCGCCCACUUUACAUGCCGAUCUUGCCAGUGGUGUUUCGUGGACUGCUUUAUAUUAUACAGUAUUAGCUAUAGGUUGUGAAUUUGACGGCGGAGGCUCAUUCGCACCUGGGGAUGGUGAAGCCUGGAGUCUUUUUAAAGUGGCACUUGAUCUUUACCCGAGAGUCUUGCUGCUAAACACAGACCUACUGGAGGUCCAGGCAAUCACAGCCAUGGCCGUGUUCUGUCUUAAUUUGUCCGGCACCCAAAUACAAGGAAAGAUCAUAUCUGAAGCGGCGCGCGUUGCCCAGCGAGCAUUCUUAAACAAAGCAUCUACGAGUAGUGACGCCACAAUUCGUAGCCGAGCUUUCUGGGUGGUGUAUUACAUUGAAAAAACGGUCACCUUUCAUCAUGGAACCACUUCGUUCAUUGUAGACUGUGACAUUGGCUCGCCCAUACCUUUCGUUCAAGAGGCAGUGUUUGGUGACUUUGACUGGUUUCUCACCUCAGUCAGAUUUGCAAGGCUCUAUUCACGCACCUUCACCGACCUGUUCUCUAUAAGCGCAACGACUAACUCAAAGACGACAUAUCUUGCCAAGAUUAAUGAACUAGAGAUGCUUCUAGAACAGCAAUGUCAAAUAAUCCCUCCUCAAUUUCAACCUGGCACCAAGCUGCGACCGCAAACAUUCGCGCAUCCAUGUGAAAUUGCCGCAGCACUUCGGGUUCACUACCACUAUCAUGAGCUCAAGAUUGCUCUUCACCGCUUGAAGAUUCAUGUUACUCGCGACCAAUCCUCCUCCCAGUCGCCAUCAGACAUGGUUGAGAUGAUGAAUUCAGCACGGGCCGUGAUCGAUCUCACACGAGUCAUUUAUCAAGAGUCGUCCACCCCAUUUUUGUAGGUUAUUCCCUAUGCGGUACUUGUUUCCAUUGUUGUUGAUAUGUUCAGUAUCAUGAUCUUCAUGCCCCUCACGGCGUUGUUCAUCUUGUUCGACCUUGUCAUUCAUUAUCCGGCCCAUCACGAUGCUCGCAGUAAUCUAGUCUUACUUGAAAGUGUGACUGGCUAUUUUAGUGCGCUUGAGUAUGCUACUAGCGGAUAUCUACCAGGCUCUAUGUUGAUACAGUUUGCGUCGAUCGCGCGCGCAUUUCAUUCGUCUUCUCACACGGCUUAUGUAGAAGAUAUCAACAGUGGCAACAGCGGCAUGGGCAUCACCCUUGACCACCCCACGCCUGAAACGUUGGGCACAGGCUCAAGCACCAAUAGCCAGAUGCCCUGGGAGGUACCACCACAGCCGAUGAGCGAUGAAUCAUCUCAAAGGUCUUCAUAUUUUCCUUUAGAUAUAUCCAUGUUUGCAGAUAGCAGGAUCACUCCUGGUCUGGAGAUCAUGGACCUUUUUGGAGGCCCACUGCCUGGUGUUGAUUUCUUCUCUGCGUCAAAUUGAACCUUUAUAUAGAAGCUUGAUCUACUGCUCUCUUUGGA